AUGUUGACACGGUUAACAUCUUCGAUUCUUCGGUCAGCAUCACAAUCGUAUUGCAUACGGAACUUUUCGAAAACAACAGUCUUAUUUGAUUCAAAGAAGAUUUUUGAGGAUGCUCAUGAAGUUCUGCAAGAUAUCCCACAUGGAGCGACACUACUCGUCGGAGGAUUUGGAUUGUGUGGCAUACCGGAAAAUUUGAUAAAAGCACUUUUGAAAACUGGUCAAAAAGAUUUAAUUAUUGUUUCGAAUAAUUGUGGUGUGGAUGACUUUGGACUUGGUUUACUAUUAAAAACUAAGCAGAUCAAACGCAUGAUUUCAUCCUAUGUCGGUGAAAAUGCAGAAUUCGAACGACAAUAUCUAAACGGUGAACUUGAAGUUGAAUUAACACCACAAGGAACUUUAGCCGAAAAGAUCCGUGCCGGUGGUGCUGGCAUUCCAGCAUUUUUUACUCCGACCGGUUUUGGAACAUUAAUUCAACAAGGCGGUGCACCGAUCAAAUAUUGUCGAAACUCGAAAAAGCCACUCAUCGAAAGUCCAAUGAAAGAAAUCCGUGUUUACAAUAAUCGUAAUUACGUUUUAGAAGAAUCGAUUGUCGGUGAUUAUGCUUUAGUAAAAGCUUGGAAAGCCGAUCGUUUAGGAAACCUUAUAUUCCAAAAAUCUGCGCGUAAUUUUAAUGCGCCGAUGUGCAAAGCAGCAAAAUGUACGAUUGCUGAAGUUGAAGAAAUUGUUGAAGUUGGAGAACUGAAACCAGAUGAAAUUCACAUACCGAAUAUAUUCGUUCAUCGUAUCAUCGUAGGAAAAGAUCAUGAAAAGCGCAUCGAACGACGAACUGUACGUAAACGUGAUAGCACAUCAGCUAGCGUGCAACCUGCUGGCUCAAAGAAGAAGAAAGAUGAUGCAGCGAGAGAACGCAUCAUCCGUCGAGCUGCCUUAGAAUUUACAGAUGGAAUGUACGCCAAUUUAGGCAUAGGUAUUCCAAUGUUGGCUUCAAAUUAUAUUCCCGAUGGUUUGACCGUACACCUCCAAAGUGAAAAUGGUAUUCUAGGUUUGGGUCCGUUUCCAUACGAAGGCGAAGAAGAUCCUGAUCUAAUCAAUGCUGGCAAAGAAACAGUAACUGUUCUUCCUGGUGCUUCAUUCUUCUCAAGUGAUGAUUCAUUUGCCAUGAUUCGUGGCGGUCAUAUUGAUCUAACUAUGCUUGGUGCAAUGCAAGUCUCCCAAUAUGGUGAUUUAGCCAAUUGGAUGAUUCCUGGUAAACUAAUCAAGGGUAUGGGUGGCGCAAUGGAUUUAGUUGGCAGUGGCCGAACUAAAGUUGUUGUUACAAUGGAACAUAACGCCAAGGAUGGUUCAUCGAAAAUUCUUCCAUCAUGCUCACUACCAUUAACAGGCAAAGGAGUCGUUGACAUAAUCAUUACAGAGAAGGGUGUCUUCCAUGUCGAUGCAGAAAAAGGACUGACACUGACGGAAAUUGCUGAGGGAUAUAGCAAAGAGGAUAUUAUAAAAUGCACUGGUUGUCCAAUAAAUAUUGCAGAAGAUCUUAAACCAAUGCAACAAGUACAAAUUAACCAAAAGAAGUAG